AUGCUUCUCAGAUAUCUCCACAAUUACAGGUCAGGGAUCUUCCAAAAUCGAGAAGAUUGGCGCAUAUGGUUAGGUCUCUUCGCCUUACAAUUUGUAUGGCAAUUUGGCCCAGGGUUGUGGUGUGGUAGGGGUGAACGGGGGAUAAUCCCACACAGGAGUUUCGAACAACGUCUGGUUCACAUUUGGCUGGAUAACUCCACCACCACACGGGGUAUGCAGUCGGCGAUGGGGUCAAAAUGCUCGUAUGAUCGAGGGCUUUUCGAUGGAUCUAUCGGCGGGUUCUUAUUCGAAAAAUUGAGCGAGUUCGUGGUGGAGCGCUGUUCACUUUGUAGUGUGAUAAUGUGA